GCUAUAUAAAUACCCCCCAUUUCAUUUCACCAGUUUCUCCAUCCCAAAUAUUUCAAAACUUCAAAUUCUUUCUCUCAAAUCCAAAUUCCAAAUUACGAAUCGAUCCGUUCGAUCAGGGUUCGAAACCAUGGCGGAUUCACCGAAGCCGUCUCUCCCCAACUUUUUACUCUCGGUAAAACUAAAAUACGUAAAAUUGGGUUACCAUUACUUGAUCACACAUUUCAUGUACCUUUUAUUAGUCCCACUUCUCGCAAUAGUCUCGAUUCAUUUAUCGACACUCACAUCACAAGAUUUAAUAAACCUAUGGAACCACCUAAGAUUUAAUCUCGUAACCGUCGUAGCAUGUUCGACUCUGCUCGUUUUUUUAGGCACAUUGUACUUUAUGAGCCGGCCUAAAAAGGUUUUCCUAGUAGAUUUCGCGUGUUACAAACCCGAAGAUUCUAAUAUUGUAACACGUGAAAUAUUCAUGGACUAUUCAACUAAGGCAGGUACAUUUAGUGAAGAGAAUUUAGCAUUUCAGAAAAAAAUAUUGGAACGUUCGGGUUUGGGCCAAAAAACGUAUUUUCCUGAGGCCGUGUUACAAGUGCCACCAAACCCGUGUAUGGAAGAAGCGCGGAAAGAGGCCGAAAUGGUUAUGUUUGGUGCGAUUGAUCAACUUUUGGCGAAAACCGGGGUUAAGGCUAAAGAUAUUGGGAUACUUAUAGUGAAUUGUAGCUUGUUUUGUCCAACACCUUCACUUAGUUCCAUGGUGGUUAACCAUUACAAGCUAAGAGGCAAUAUUUUGAGUUAUAAUCUUGGUGGGAUGGGUUGUAGUGCUGGUUUGAUCUCAAUUGAUCUUGCUAAACAACUUUUACAGGUGAACCCUAAUUCAUAUGCAUUGGUGGUUAGCAUGGAAAACAUUACUUUGAAUUGGUACUUUGGAAAUAAUCGGUCCAUGCUUGUGUCAAACUGUCUUUUCCGUAUGGGUGGUGCCGCGAUACUUUUAUCUAAUCGUUCUUCUGAUCGUAGUCGCUCAAAAUAUCAACUCAUACACACCGUUCGAACUCACAAGGGAGCGGACGACAAAUGUUAUAGUUGCGUGUUCCAAGAAGAGGACGAAGAUAAAAAGAUAGGUGUGGCUCUUUCUAAAGAUCUUAUGGCGGUUGCCGGUGAGGCCUUAAAAACCAACAUCACUACUCUAGGGCCAUUAGUGCUCCCAAUGUCCGAACAACUACUGUUUUUAGUGACAUUGGUCGCUAGAAAGGUCUUCAAAAUGAAAAUUAAACCAUAUAUCCCGGAUUUCAAGCUUGCAUUUGAGCACUUUUGCAUUCAUGCCGGGGGAAGAGCAGUGCUAGACGAGUUAGAAAAGAAUCUUGAAUUAUCAGAAUGGCACAUGGAACCAUCUCGAAUGACACUCUAUAGGUUUGGUAACACUUCAAGUAGCUCUCUGUGGUACGAACUAGCAUACUCUGAAGCUAAGGGACGGAUAAGAAAAGGAGACCGAUCAUGGCAAAUUGCUUUUGGCUCGGGUUUUAAAUGUAACAGCGCUGUUUGGAAAGCUCUAAGGACUAUUGAUCCAGCCAAGGAGAAAAAUCCCUGGAUUGACGAGAUCCAUGAGUUUCCGGUUCAUGUCCCCAAGAUUGUCAAGAUUGGUAAUUUGUAAUUGUGUGGUCAAUUUUUUGUUAUUUAGAGAGAUUAAGGGUUUGAUGAAGUGUACGUGGCCAUGUAUUAUAGAAUGAAGUCCUUCAUAGCAAAAAAGGCAAUUGUCCUUGUGCCCCAAUUUUUUUAGUUUAUGUGUGGAAUUGUAAAACUUGAUAAUUAA